AUGUCCGACAGCAGCCCAGACGAUUCCAGCACCUCUUCUUCUAGCUCCAGUUCGCCACCAGCCCGUCGCAAAGGUCCCCCAAACAGAGGCCCUGCAUUAAACUCGGAGAAGGACAAAGCGCCGCAGGAGAGGCUGGAUGACUUUUGGAAUAAAUUUACAACCAAGACUCCGGGCAAAGCCACACGCAUCCUUCCACGCAAAGACUAUACGCUGAAGAAGCAAAAAGAACGACCUGGCGAAAGGAUUCAACUGCAGCCAGUGUCGUACGAUGAAGCAGUCGCCCAGUGCAAAGCCAAAGUUGCUCAGGUAGUCAAGGAAUGUCGGCGCGUCAACCAGCGGUACAGAGACCCGCACUUUGAUCUUGAGAUUGAUUUUCAACUGGAGAGAAACCAAUGUCUAGUCAGUCUCUCCAACCGAAGGCGGAAAAUUUUGGUGAUGGGAAGACUUGACAGGAAAGGCGGUGCUGUCCAUGGAGUCGAAACCCAGAGCCGGGCCAGAUACGCACAGGCAAAGGCAUCUUCUCGCGGUCAAGGUAGGCUGCGCCCUAGGCCGCCGCACUCACCCCAGCAAAACUUUCGCCCCAUGGCUGUUCACCGAGUCACCGAGAUAUUUGAGAAUCCUCAGUUCUUUGUCGACGGACCAUCCGCCAACGACGUCAGACAGGGGCGAGAAGUCGGUGACUGCUGGCUGAUGGCCGCGCUGUGCACCAUGAGCAACAAACCAGGGCUCAUAGAGCGCAUCUGCGUCGCUCACGAUGUGCAGGUCGGGGUCUAUGGCUUUGUAUUUCAUCGUGAUGGAGACUGGUUCAGUGAGAUUAUAGACGACAAGCUCUAUCUCACCAAGGGCGACUACGAUGAUGGAUGCAUUGAGAGAAUCCUAUUAGAUAACGAUCGUAUAAGGCAGGACUCGGAGGAAGCUUAUAGACGCCUCUACCAGACCAACAGUGGGGCGUUGUACUUUGCGCAAUCUUCCGAGCCCAAUGAGACCUGGGUCAGCCUGCUCGAAAAAGCAUACGCAAAGGCUCACGGCGACUAUGAAGCUAUAGAGGGUGGCUUCACCGGUGAAGGCAUUGAGGACCUGACUGGAGGGAUCACGCAGGAAAUUUAUGCCACUGACAUUCUUGACAAGGCAAGUUGUGACUUUUCCUCACAUGACCACUUUUGGAAAGAAGGGCUUCUCAAAGUCAACAAAGACUUUCUCUUUGGGUGCAGCACAGGCAUAUGGGGCCAUGGCACCGGUGAGCGGAGAGGUAUCGUCGAGCUGCACGCCUACAGUGUCAUGAAAACAGUUGAGAUCGGCGGUCAUCGCCUGCUCAUGCUGAGAAACCCAUGGGGUCGAGAUGAGUGGAAAGGCAAAUGGUCGGAUGGGUCGGCGGAAUGGACGCCCGAGUGGCUUGCCAAGCUCAACCACCGCUUUGGCGACGACGGCGCCUUCUGGAUUUCGUACGAGGACCUCCUGCGAAAGUUUCAGAGCUUUGACCGCACACGCCUCUUCGGUCCGGAGUGGAGAGCUGCGGCCAUCUGGACGACCUUUUCGGUGCCAUGGGUGCACGAGUAUCACGAUACCAAGUUUGCCUUUUCUCUCUCCCGUCCGGGUCCGGUCGUCCUGGUCCUGUCGCAGCUCGACAAGCGCUACUUCAAGGGCCUGGAAGGUCAAUACCGAUUCGAGUUCUCGUUCAGGGUUCACGUCUCAGGCCAAGAGGACUACCUGGUCCGCAGCCUGACCCCUUAUAGGAUGAACCGGAGCGUCAACGUAGAGUUGGACCUCGAGGCCGGCGACUACACGGUUCUGGUCAUGGUGAACGCCUCCCGCGACAUGAAAAAGAUGCCGGCCGAGGAAGUCGCCAAAGCGUACUCUAAGAACCAAAGGGAGAAGUUGGCCAGGAUAGCGCUCUCGUACGACCUUGCGCACAGCAGGGGCCGCAUAGUCGAGACUGCCCAGGAGAAGGAGGCUCGGCUCGCGGCCGAGGUGCGCAAGAAGGAAAAGGCGAAGCGGAAACUGAAGAAGGCGGUCAUGGACGAUCGACAUCUCCAGUAUCGCAUUGAUGCCAGAGAGGUGUUGACGGUGAGAAAGGCCAAAGCCAAGGCUAAGGCGAAGCGGGCAAAGAAGAAGGCCGAGGAAGAGAAGAAGUGGAAAGAAUUUGCUGAAAAGGUCAACGAGGCACGCAAACAAGCUCAGGCGAUAAGCGUUGGCGACGGUCAGUCGGCACCUCAGCCUCAGGCACAAGCGGAGGAUGAGCAUGCCAAGGGAAACAAAACAGUACCGGCUACUGAAACUCAAGCUUUAAACAGUCAAGUCGACACGGAUGACAAGAGCAAGUAUACCACUGCGACCUUGGAUGGAGACAAGCAAGAUGUUACUGAGCAACCGAGUGCGGCUCCGAGCAGCCAAUCUACUCAGGGGCUAAAUCCUCCAAGCUUUACGUCAGCGACUACGAAGGACAGCCUUGACAUCCGGACUCCUAUGAGCUCCAUCUCGGGGAGUGUUGAGGCAGCACCUGCUGCGACGGAUUCCGAGACACAGCCGGGAGGGGCCCAGCCUCCAGGGGAGGUGCCAAAUACGGCAGCCCACGCAACAAAGAAUAACACAGGCGGUGUUGCAGGGAAUUCCAUCAUUCCAGUUGAAGAGAACCCGGAACUAACGGCCUCUGGGACAGCGACGGGUAAAGGGGAGCACUUUGCCUCGCAGGAUCCCAACAAUUCAACUAGCUCGAACAUAGCCAGCGCAGUUGGAGACAUGGCAGGACAUGUUAUAUCGUCGACAGUUGUGGGAAAUACCGAAUGCGUGACGAAAAUUCAGCCAAAGCAAAUCGGUCAAGGGUUGCAUGUAGCGGAUGAGAGUCCAGACCGGUCCCAGGGAAUCAUUCCAGAACCAGCUGAAGCAGGCCCUAACAACACUCCCAAUUCGCGACAUCCAGACAGAGUUCUGCUUCGCCCAAGUGGUGCUGAAGGGAUCGUCCUACGAAGACAGUCCUCGAGGUCACGCACGCGCGGUCAGCCCCCAACGUUUCAGCAAGCGGGACCACCGCGGCAGCCCCCACCCGGCAGCAUGCCCUCCUACAAUGUGAACAGGCUGCCAGUGCGAGGUUACGGGCCGCCCCAGCGCUUAAUCUCCCGUUAUGGCCGCCCGGACACCGAAGGCAGUGACCAGGACUCCAGUGAAAUGGAGAGCGUGUCAAGCGUUUCUGAGAUAUCCGACGGGGAGGUCGAGCUCGAGCUUGACGCGAUUCGCCGCGGCUGGAGGCAAUACCCGGGCCUCACCGCCGUGGCUGCUCGACCUCCCCCCAGUGCUCCACCCGCACGCCCGCCUCCGCCGGCCGGGCCACCUGUGAAUGGCGACCUUGAAAGGGACCCGUGGAAUGCCGUUGUCAUUCUGGGCUUGCGGGUUUACUAUCAACUCGCUAAGGGCGAGGGUGCGGAUACAGAGGUCGUGAAGCUUCGCAUCGAACGGCCGGAUCCGUAUGCGGCGGAUGGUCAAGACAGCGACGAGGAAGAUGGCGGGACUGCGAGGAAGACCAAGGCCAGUGAGCAAAAGGUGUUGGACGUUGACAAUAGCGCAAAGGACGCCGCCAAGGAUAUCGAGAUUGUUGACAACGGGGUCGGUAAGGCCGAUGACCAAACGCCCACCAGCAAUGACCCCGAGAAAGGAAAGGAUGGCCAGGGUGCCGAGACUGGUGUUACCAAGACCGACUGA